UCAUCAUCAUCUUCUCUUCUCGGCUUCUUCUGUUCUCUCUUUCGAUUUCGUUCAUUCUUGCGAUCACUCCUCUUCCAUUAUUGACCAGAGAUCAUGCUUCUCAGAGCUUCAGCUUCUGUUUUCUCUCCACAAGGGGCCAUUCGAAGCCCUCUUCAAUCUUCUUAUUCUGUCUCGCCGUCGAGCUUGAACUCAUCUUCUUCUUUCUUUCUGCCGACUCAAACGGGGAGAAAUGGAAGAGAAGGGUCCGUAGUCUCGGCAACGACAAAAGAUUCGACCAAUCGGUCAGUAACAGGUGUUGUGUUUGAGCCCUUCGAAGAGAUGAAGAAGGUACCUCUGCCUUCUCUUGUUCCCAUCGCUCCCCAGCAGUCACUUGCUCGCCAGAAGUACGUUGAUGAGUGUGAGGCUGCCAUAAACGAACAAAUCAACGUUGAGUACAAUGUCUCCUAUGUGUAUCAUGCCAUGUAUGCCUAUUUUGACCGGGAUGAUGUUGCUCUCAAGGGCCUUGCCAAAUUUUUCAAGGAGUCAAGUGACGAAGAAAGGGCACAUGCAGAGAAACUGAUUGAAUAUCAGAACAAGAGAGGAGGAAGAGUAAAGCUACAGCCUAUAGUGUCAACCCAGUCUGAAUUUUAUCACGAGGAGAAAGGAGAUGCACUCUAUGCAAUGGAGCUUGGAUUGGCAUUGGAGAAGUUAACAAAUGAAAAGCUUCUGAAGUUACAUAGUGUAGCAGAACAGAACCAUGAUGUGCAGUUGACUGACUUCAUUGAGGGCGAGUUUUUGACUGAGCAGGUGGAAGCCCUCAAGGUGGUCUCCGAAUAUGUAGCUCAAUUGAGACGGGUGGGCAAAGGACAUGGAGUAUGGCAUUUUGACCAAAUGAUGCUCCAUGAAGGCAUCGGUGCUGCAUGAUGCUGUUGCUUUGUCAAUUUCUGCCGUUACAAGUGUUCUUUAAGGCUUUAGUGGUAGUGUUGUUUCUUCUAUAUAUAGUCAGUAUAUUACAAGCAAGACUCAUUUAAAACGAAGUUGAUGAUUUGAAGAAAAUGGCGAAUGAACUUUAAUGCAUCCUGUGGGUGCUUUUCUA